AUGGUAUUUGCGACUGCAGCAAAGGGCUUCCACAAUGCACCUACUCAUGCAGAAGAUUCAAAGAUGUUGUCAAGAGUCAAGGAGUCACAAGAUGAUGACAUCAAUGAUAACUCUGUGAUGCAUGCCCUGUUGGGAGCAAUGGGUAUGGACAAGAACCUCAUUCCACCAUAUCCCCCUUCCACCGGAACCGUCAAUGAGCUCCUAGUGGCCCCACACAAGACACCUGUCAGCUUGGAACCAACCCUCAUCAGUGGCCAUCAAGACAGAUUUUGA